AUGCGGCUGACGAGGAUCUGGACGACUUGGGGGAAGGUGCAACUGGCUCAGAGGGAAAAGGAGACCAGGAAACAGACAAGGGUGCGGGCCCAGAGCGCCCCAAAGCAGGUGACUUUUUGGAGCGUGCCUGCAAGGGAGGGGGUGGGCAGCGGGAAUCGGCAAGAGGACAAGAUUCAGGAGGGGCUGCCACCAAGAACAGCUCCAGCACCCAAGAGUGCCCCAGCCCGGAAGAAGCCGAAGCCACUGAAGUCGCCGCCACCGCCCUUGUCGCCACCCUGGACCAGUGGUGGCCCCAAGGGGGACGAACUGCCCUGGGGUGAGAUCACCCUCAAUAAGUGCCUGGUUCUGGCCUCGGUCGUGGCUGUCCUCAGUGUGGCCUUCCAGCUAUUUCAGGAGGCUCAGGAUGCCAUUGAUGGGGAAGAAGAGGCCCCUGAGCCUGCUCCCACUCUGUGGGUGCAGCCUGGCAGCCAUGCCCCAAGUCAGAGCAACAACAAACUGCUAGAGUUGCUCCUGUGCUGGCUGUGCCCCCAAGAAGAGAAGGCUCGAGAGGCUUUGGAGCCACCUGAGACGGGAUUCCUUGCAAGCUGGUUUGGCUCACCAGAGCCGGAUGGGCCUCCAGGCUUCACAGCCCAAGGGAAGGAAAAACCGAAAGCAUCACCGAGCCAAGGGGAGCUGGCCGGGGAGCCACCCGAGGAGCCGGGAAAAAUAACGCCAGGUGCCACAGAUUCCCCAGGCGGAGCCAGCCCGGAGCCCGGCCCACCUGACGUCCAGCCCCCUUCGGCGAGCGUGGGUUUGCGCGAGAAACCUUCCAAGAAGGAUGAAAAGUUCAGGAACAGAAAGGGCCCCAGGAAGGAGGUGCAGGCCAAAGCCCCAGGCCGGGAGUGGGAAGGCUAUGAGGGGGCUCCUGGCAAAGGGGGCCCACAAGGGCACCAGGGGAGCAAGAAGCCCAAGCGGGGUGGGCAGUGGAGCCCCCGACCUUGGGAAGCCAAGCCCAAUCACUCGCGGAAACCCCAGGGAGGCAGCGGGUGGCCCCAGCCAGAGCACAAAGGCAAGAGGGAGCGUGCAGGUGACCGGGACAGGUUCUUUGGCAAACACAAGCACCCAGACCGAGAGGGAAAGCGGCGGGACUGA